AUGGAUGGGGCGAACCUCGAACUCGCCAGCGCGCUCGUCAGCAAGGCCUACAUCCAGCAGGGGGGCCAGGCGCUGCGCCAGAGGGCGAAGCAGAUCCGGUCACUGCUGUCAGAGCGGCGGCUCCCCCCGCGGGGCUGGGACGAGACGUCCAUCGAGACCCUCCUCGAUGACCUCGCCAAGAUGGACUCGAACAACUUCCUCGGGCAGGUCGGCCUGGGGGAGCGCGAGGGCCGCAUUGCCUGCCCGAUGGUGGCGCGACGCAACCACGGCAUGGGGCACGGAAUCGGGCGGUCCGGGAGCGUCUCCGCCGAGCAGCCCAAGGCCGCGGGGUCUUCCCUGAUCGUCAAGCUGUGCAACCUCCUCGCCACGGACGCCCUGCGCGAGGCCGGCCUCCGGAGCAUCGGCCGCGCCCUGGUGCUGCCGAUGGCCACCGGCCUCACGCUGCAGCAGGUCCUCCUGUGCCUCCGCGCGCGCAGACCGCUCGCGCCGUGGGUCAUCUGGCCGCGCGUCGACCAGAAGACCUGCGUCAAGUGCGUGGUCAGCGCGGGCCUGGCUAUCAGGGUCGUUCCCCUGCGCCAGGACGGCGACCAGCUGCGCUCCGCCGUCGAGGACAUCACCGCCGGGAUCCACGCAGUCGGCGCCGCGAACGUGCUGUGCGUGAUGACGACGACCUCGUGCUUCGCGCCGCGCGCGAUGGACCCGGUGUUCGGCGUCGCGCGGCUGUGCGCGGCCAUGGACCUCCCCCACGUGGUCAACAACGCGUACGGCGUGCAGAGCUCCGCCAUCUGCGCGGAGAUCUCGCGCGCGUGGGAGACGGGCCGCGUCGACGCCGUCGUGCAGUCCACGGACAAGAACUUCAUGGUGCCCGUCGGCGGCGCCAUCGUCGUCGCGGGGAAGAGCGACACCUCGCUGGUCGACGCCGUCUCCGACAGCUUCCCCGGCCGCGCGGCGCUCGCGGCGCACCUCGACCUGCUCACCACGCUGCUGUGGUGGGGCCGCGAGGGCUGGCAGCGCGUGCUCCGGCAGCGCGAGGAGAUGUACGGCGUGCUGCACAAGGAGCUCUGCGCCGUCGCGGAGAAGUGGGGCGAGCGCGUGCUGCACACGCCGGGGAACCCGAUCUCGAUCGCGAUCACGCUCGAGUCCCUGGCCGCGGCGCCGGGCGGGCCCACGACGCUCGGCGGGAUGGUGUUUGCGCGCGGCGUGUCGGGGACGCGCGUCGCGGGGCGCGCGCGCGGCCAGGACGUCGCCGGCGUCUGGCUGCCCAACUUCGGCGCCCACCACGACCACUACCCGUACUGCUACCUCACGGCCGCCGCCGCGCUGGGCCUCGACGAGCCGCAGAUCGAAACGUUCGUGCAGCGCUUCGACGCCGUGUUCCGGAAGCUCAAGCGCGGCCCGUCGGAGACAGGACUGUCCGAGGCGCCGUCGCGCGCCGACUCCGAGGCUCCCUCGCCGCGCACGAUCCGCCUGUCCGCUGCGAACCUCAUGCCAGGCGCACCGCCGCCUCCUCCGCCCCCCCCUCCGCCCCAGCGCAAGGCCCCGCCGUUCGGAUCGGGCAACGAGAGAUCGAUCAGCGAUCCCCCGAGGGGCGCCCGCGCGCAUGCAAACCCCACUCCCGUGAGCAGCAGUGCUCAUACAAGCACGCACGACCCGCCGCAGGAGAGCACCGACGAGCCCCCGCCUGGGUGGCCCGCCUGA